AUGGUUGAUCCAGGUGAAGAUUUUGCCAAAAUGUUAAUGAAUAUGCUGGGUAACGUUCAUAACUGUACUUUUACUGUUAAUGGCAGAAAGAUUACGUCUGUUGAUGGUCUUUCAAAAGCACUCCCUGAUAAUGCAAAAAUCGAGGUCAUACCUAACUUAUCACGUGCUGCUUUCACGUCUUUAGGUCCGCGAGGUCUUUCCUUGGAAAUUAAAAGUCGAAUUAAUCCUAAACGACCCACUAUCAAAGUUGAAACUGUUCAUAUUUCAUGCUCUUCGGAUUCAUAUGAUGAAAGCGAAGAUAUGGGAGGCCUUAUUAUCUACUCUUUUGACAACGAACAGAUGUUUGUACUAAAUGGACAUCGAUGUCGUACUGGAUAUAUUCUGAUCAAAGCGACGAAAAAUAUUGUCCAGGUAAAAAGCAAUCAAGGAAUAGUACACGGAAAUUUGUUUAAAUGGUUUUUUGGCAUUGAACCCGAUGAGCGUUUUGUCGGUGCAGGAUUUUCAUUGCAUGAAAAUAAGUUUAAAUUUAAUUCUGGAGUGUUCAAUGCACGAAAUGAUGACUAUCAUGAUGAUAACAAAUCAAUGAGUGAAGGCGAAAUUUAUUUGAUCAAGUAUGCAUUAAAAGAACUCUUUAUAAAUGAUAAGUGGAAAACGAAUCCAACAUUGUCAGUUUUAAAUCUAGACAGAAGUCGUUAUGACCCUGGUGAUUGUUUACCAAUACAAAAUCAUCCAAAAUCAACAGUGAACAGUGAUACUCGUUAA